GGGUGCAAAGGAUGUGGAGGAAUUGCCCUCUAAGCAUUAAGAUAGACAGGUAUGGCAUAAGUAGAUUUGAAACUUGGUUUAGUAGGUAGCUACAAACUAGCAAGGUGUGUGGCGAAGGAGAAUAGGAAAGACAAACUCUACUAAUGUACCUAUGUUGGUUCACAUGGAAUUUCAAGAAUGAUUGGGCUUUCAACCAUAAACAGCCAUGCAAUAAAUCUGUUAUUACAAAUGCUGUAACAGCGGUGGAAGAAUUGAACAAUUGCAAUAGUGUAUCUAUAAAGGGUGGGAACUUAUUUGGUGAACCUGAAAUGGCUUGGCAAUUGUCUCUGCAGGGGGUUUUGGAGAUUAAUCGCGAUGGUGCUUGGAUGGAAAGGACAAAGGAGGGAGCUUAUGGUAUCAUAGUUCGAGAUUGUGAAGGCAGAGUGCUCAUGGCUGAGGCCAAAACUGUGGUAGUAGCUUCUGUCUUAAUGACAGAGCUUAUGCAGUCAUGCGAGAGUGCAAGACUGUUGUGGAACAGAGCUGUGGUGCAGUCAUUGUUGAAUCAGACUCAAAGCAGCUUAUAAAUUCUAUCAAUGAGAACAAUGGGAAUACUUUGAAAGGGAUUGCAGCUUUACUAAAGGACAUAUGGAGCUAUGCUCAAUUACUCUCAGUGGUGACGUUUCAGGCAACAUGAAGGACCAGAACAAGGCUGUCCAUAUGCUUGCAGUCUAUACUAGAAGUGAGA